AUGGCACAAUCUCCUCUUGAUAUACCAGCAGAUCAUGAUCAUAAAAAACCCAACCAUAUGAUCUUUUGGCUCGAUGCCUCGAUCGGUAAUCCAAAAGAAUAUACACAUUUAAAAAAAGCCUUUGGAAGUAACACAGAUCCACGCUGCGAAACGUGGACUAUGCUCAAUGACGAGGAUUACCAUAAUAUGUUGGUUGAGGAUGAUGCCGUAACAGUAUCAUUCGGAGGUGUACAAUUUCUUUUGCAAGCAUUUGACAACGAAAAAGAUUGCUUAAAAGCUUUUGAAGCAAACCAAGAUAAGCACAUCUUCUUUAUUACUUCUGGAAAAUUGGGAGAACACACUGUACCGAAAGUUAUUGAACAAUAUCGAAAUAUUUUUACUGAUCCAAUCAAUAAUAAGCCAUAUUCAUCGGUGUAUGUUUACUGUCAUAAUAUUGAAUUUCAAUUAGAGUGGACAAUGGAUUAUUUAGACUACAUUCAAGUAUUUAACUUCGAUGCAGAUUUGUUACAACGUAUGACUCGUGAUAUUGCUGAAUAUUUUAUUGAGCGAUGUAAACGACUCCGUCAAGACACUGAUAUAGAAGGAGCACUUCAACGUUUGCACUGGGCAAAGAGACUUUGGCAUCAGUAUGAUAAAAUGGACCAGAAUAUAUCUACAGAUAAACCUCGACCUGUGAAAGAAAGCCAAAAAAUGAAAGAGAUCAAUAAACUAAUCGAAGAAAUUGAAUCUGAACUCCCUAAAAAUGAAUCUGAUGAAGAUGCUGCGAACAGUGAUAAUGAUUAUACCCAAUCUGGUGAACCGACUGGCUAG